AUGAAGAUACCAAGCUCAACACUAGUCUUCACACUCUCAGUCCUUUCCCUUUCAAUAUCAAUCUCAUGCGCAACAUCAAAUCCAAUUCUCAAUGACUUCUUCCAAUGCCUUCCCAAAUAUUCAAACUCCUCCUACCCAAUUUCAGAAGCCAUUUUCACCCGAGAAAACACCAAUUUUCAAUCUGUUCUGUUAUCAUAUAUUAGAAACCUCAGACAUUGUACACCCACAACUCCAAAACCUUUGGUCAUUGUAACAGCCAAACAUGAAUCCCAUGUCCAAGCAACCGUAAUGUGUGCAAAACAGCAUGGUUUACACAUGAGAAUCCGAAGUGGUGGCCACGACUACGAGGGCUUAUCCUUCAUAUCAUACAUUUCAAAUACCUCUUAUAUAGUCCUUGACAUGUUUUACCUUCGAGAGAUUGAUGUUAACAUCGCAGAUGAAAGUGCUUGGGUUGGAUCUGGAGCUAUUGUUGGAGAACUAUAUUAUAGCAUUGCAGAAAAAAGUAAAGUUCAUGCAUUUCCUGGGGGAGUUUGCCCAAGUGUUGGUGUCGGUGGCCUUUUUAGUGGUGGUGGGUACGGUCCUACUAUGAGAGAAUUUGGGCUUACAGUGGACAACAUAGUUGAUGCUAGACUAGUCAAUGUGAAUGGUACAAUCCUUGAUAGAAAAUCCAUGGGAGAAGACCUAUUUUGGGCCAUUAGAGGAGGUGGUGGAGCAAGCUUUGGAGUCAUUCUUUCAUGGAAGAUCAAAUUGCUUCAAGUUCCACCCGUUGUCACUGUUUUCAGAAUUACAAAGACACUGGAGCAAGGCGCUACGGAUGUUCUUCACAGGUGGCAAUACGUUGCGCCUAACCUACCUAAAGAACUCUUCAUUAGAGCAACUUCAAAAGUCCAGAAUAGUACUACCGAAGCAGGAAAGAAGACUGUGGAAGUGGUAUUCAAUGGUCUCUAUCUAGGACAACGGGAAAACCUUCUUCCUUUGGUAAGUGACAGUUUCCCUGAAUUGGGUUUGGAGCAAAAAGAUUGCUUCGAAAUGAGUUGGAUUGAAUCCACCUUAUUCUUUUCCGAAUACGCAUUUGGAACUCCCAUAAAGGCUCUAGUUAAAAGACCAACGGAACCACCUCCAUUCUUCUUCAAAGGCAAGUCGGAUUAUGUAAAACAACCAAUUCCGAAAGAGGUCUUGAAGUCGAUAUUCGAGAAGAUGAUCAAUCGAUACGAGUCGACGCACAUGCAAUGGAACCCAUAUGGUGGAAGAAUGAAUGAGAUUUCCGAGUCGGAAACUCCAUUCCCUCACAGAGCAGGAAACCUAUUUAUGAUUCAGUACUGGACGUAUUGGAUGGAAAAAGGGAUUGAGAGCACCAACAAGUACCUUAAAUUGUCGAGAAAUUUGUACGGAAGUAUGACUCCGUACGUGUCCAAGAGCCCAAGAGAGGUCUUGCAUAACUAUAGGGAUCUUGACAUAGGCUCCAAUAUGCUUAACCAGACCAGCAUUGAGCAUGCUAGAGUUUAUGGAAGAACGUAUUUUAAAGGCAAUUUUGAAAGAUUGGUGCGUGUGAAAAGUGCUGUUGAUCCUCAGAAUUUUUUCAAGCAUGAACAAAGUAUCCCACCGCUGUAGAGAAUGGGACAGGAAUAGAAGUCUAUUACUGAUUCACAGUGCA